AUGGGCAGAGUGAGGAACCCGACCACUGCUCUGCGGCGGAGGCUAAAACGGCCCGGGGACCCUCCCGCCUCCUGCGCGGCGUUCCGGGUCACCCGCGCCAGCCGCCGGCAGCGCCCCCGGGUCAGAGUCGGGGUCGGGAGCCCCGCGGCGGCCAAGAGGUGGCUGGGAAGGUGGUGGCAGAGGCGCCGAUGGCGGCGGGUCCGGGAGAAACGCACUAGAGACCCGCUGCCCUCCGCACCACCCGCGGACCGGCAUGAGCCAGCCGCGUCCCCCCGGGACCUGGACCUGGGCGCGCAGCGGGAGCGCUGGGAGAAGUUCAGGAAGCUGUGGGGUCUCAGCUGCGAGGGCGCCGCCAAGGUCCUGCUGGACACCUUCGAGUACCCGGGCCUCGUGCAUCACACCGGGGGCUGCCACUGCGGCGCGGUCCGCUUUGCGGUCUGGGCCCCCGCAGAUCUGCGCGUCGUGGAUUGCAGCUGCAGGCUGUGCAGGAAGAAGCAGCACCGCCACUUCCUCGUCCCGGCCUCGCGCUUCACGCUGCUCCAGGGCGCGGACAGCAUCGUCACCUACCGCUCCAACACGCACCCGGCGCUGCACAGCUUCUGCAGCAGGUGCGGGGUGCAGAGCUUCCACGCCGCGGUCUCUGACCCCCGCGUGUACGGCGUCGCCCCGCACUGCCUGGACGAGGGCACCGUGCGCAGCGUGGUCAUCGAGGAGGUCGGCGGUGGCGACCCGGAGAAGGAGGACGCCGAGGAGCACAAGGCCAUCCCCAAGACGUCCUCCCGGUCAGUCCCUGCCUGUGUCCGCGAACAGCAACAGUGACUGUCCGCGCAGAGAGGAACAGCGCAAGCACGCCCGAAACCGGCCGGCCGGCCGGCCCCGCGCGGAGCCUCCGACUACCUGCACAGAUCACACGCUGUGAACGAGGUGUUUCUGGCCUGGUUAAACCGUGGUUUCCCUUCCAGGGUUUGCCCUUCCCCUCCGCUAGUUUUCAGUGAACUCGCUUACGUUCCAAACCUUGAACACAACUUUAAUCUUGUGUACAACGUUACCCUUGCAAUCCCAUUAGCAAGAAGAGUGUCUCUGCUUUUUCUAGCCAUCCGUUGACUGUAUCUCUCGCUUUUACUGUUCUGCAUACGGUUGUCACAAAUCACCUGCAGAUGAUUCCCGUGUCCUGUACGUUCCUGGUGCUAUUGUGAACAGGCUUGUUUUCAGCGCUUUGCGUCUGGUGUGUAGGACGGCAACACACAAACAGUUUGUAAACACCUUGCCAGGACGUCUUCCACUCAUUAUGGUGCG